AUUUAAGUCAUGUGGCAAUGUGCUGAGACGUGUUCCAGCCGUCUUUUUCCUGAGGUGACUGAGCUGAGCAGACGCACACUGCGUGCUGCUGAAGAUUGACGAAUCAUGGUGCUGUUGCACGUGUUGUUCGAGCAUGCAUCCGGCUACGCGCUGUUCGCCGUCAAAGAGGUGGAGGAGAUCGGCAUGCUUCUGCCGCAGGUGGAGGAGAGCGUCCUGAGCAUCGGGAAGUUCAACAGCAUGGUGAGCCUGGCGGCCUUCUUCCCCUUCAAGUCGGCCCAGGGUGCUCUGGAGAACAUGAACGCCAUUUCCGAAGGUGUGGUUCAUGCUGAUCUGAAGUUGUUCCUAGAGACAAAUCUGCCCCUCUCUGGGAAGAAGAAAGUUGCAUUGGGGGUUUCAGAUGCCAAGAUUGGAGCAGCUCUACAAGAAGAAUUUAGCAUCUCCAUCCAGACUGGAGGAGUGGUGGCAGAGAUAGCCAGAGGUGUGCGACUGCACUUCCACUCCCUAGUGAAGGGUCUGACUGGUCUGGCUGCUUCCAAGGCUCAGCUAGGUUUGGGCCACAGCUACUCCAGAGCUAAAGUAAAGUUCAAUGUCAACAGAGUCGACAACAUGAUCAUACAGUCCAUUGCUCUGUUGGAUCAGCUGGACAAAGACAUCAACACCUUCACCAUGCGUGUUCGUGAAUGGUACGGCUACCACUUCCCAGAGCUGAUCAAGAUCGUGUCAGACAACUUUAUGUACUGCCGCAUGGCUCAGCUCAUUGGAAACCGCAAGGAGUUGUCAGAAGAGAGUCUGCCGAGUCUGGAGGAAGUGGUGAUGGACGCAGCCAAAGCUCAGGCAAUUCUGGAUGCUUCUCGUUCCUCCAUGGGUAUGGACAUCUCUCCCAUUGACCUGAUCAACAUAGAGAGAUUCUCUCAUCGCGUAGUGUCUCUGGCCAGCUAUCGGCUGGAGCUGCAGGAGUACCUGCGUUCCAAGAUGGUCCAAGUAGCACCAAAUCUAGCGGCCUUAAUUGGAGAUGUGGUGGGAGCUCGUCUGAUCUCCCAUGCGGGAAGUCUAACCAACCUGGCCAAGUACCCGGCCUCCACAGUCCAGAUCCUGGGAGCAGAGAAGGCCCUGUUCAGAGCCCUAAAGACUAAAGGAAACACCCCAAAGUAUGGGCUCAUCUUCCACUCCACCUUUAUUGGACGUGCUGCUGCCAAGAACAAAGGACGCAUCUCCAGAUAUCUGGCAAACAAAUGCACCAUCGCCUCACGCAUUGACUGUUUCUCUGAGGUACCAACAUGUGUAUAUGGUGACAAGCUGCGUGGACAGGUUGAAGAGCGCUUGUCUUUCUAUGAGACUGGUGACGUGCCACGGAAGAAUGUGGAUGUCAUGAAGGAGGCUGUGAAAGAGGCUACUGAUGUUGCUGUUGAGAUCAAGCGGAAACUUGAGAAGAAGGAAAAGAAACGCAAGAAGCGUGAAAAGAAGCUGCAAGGAGAAAACGGUGAUGUCAACAGUGAAGCUGAGGCCGAGAAUGGAGAAGCAGGCACCCCUGUUGUGAAGAAGAAAAAGAAGCAGGCGGCCGAGGAGAUGGAGGUUGAGGCAGAGGCCCCUGCUGCAGAGGCCCCUGCUGCAGCGAAUGGCGCAGAGGACACACCAUCAAAGAAGAAAAAGAAACGAAAAUCUGAGGUAGAGGUCCCAGCAGAAGAACCUGCUGCUGAGGAAACCAAUACUCCUGCCAAGAAGAAAAAGAAACUAAAGACUGACACCAUGGAUGUGGAGCCAGCAGAGGAGAUCCCAGAAACACCAGUGUCUGACAAGAAGAAGAAAAAGAAGAAAAAAGAGGCCGCAGACUAAAGACUGAAUCUUUAUAUUCGUGUACAGUUUAUUUUUUCAUUUUACUCUCAAUUUGAAGGUCAUGUAAGCAGCUUUAUGUUUUUUUGCAACCUCAAAACAGGUUAGGCCACAAAGAAAUGCUUAUUACUGUGCCUUCAAGUCAGUGACAUUUACUUGUACUUCUGUAAAUAAUGUAUCCAUUAAACUUUUUGUCAAGUAAAUAA